AUGGUGAAAAGGAAGCAUAUCAGUCCGAAGAAAUCCAAUCCGUCGAAGAAGACAAAGAAGACGAAGAAGAACACUAAAACCCAAUGCGUCGAUUUUCCGGUAGAGGUCGAAGAAAUUCAACCGUGUGAUAAAAACGAAACCUUUACCGGGAUUAUUGCCGAAGAGCGUCUAUGGAAGAACCUCGAGCUCAUCCUUUCAUUGCAGAGCAAUGAAUUGGGGGAUAAAGAGAAGGUGGAGCUAGCUUUCAGUUUUGUGAAAGCACAUGAUGUAGGAGGAGAUGGGACUGGCGAGGAUGAAGAAGAAUGUCAAGCGGUUAAGAUAUCACGGCUGGUUAUGUAUCUCAGUGACUGGAUCCAGACACUGUUUGUUUCCAAAGAACAACAGAAUUUUCAAGUGAAGGCUGAUAUAUGUUUGGACUUCAGAUGCUGGGAGGUACUCAGGUUCUGCUUCAAGCAGUCAUCAAUCUUGGAUGUCUCUAUCAAUUUGUCAAAGAACCUUCUAAAGGCUAUAGCUUUUAUUGCAGAGAAUCUUUUAUCUGCACUCAACGAGCUGUCUUCUUUAGAGGUCAAUAUCUGUGACGGUCAAGGUUUUGAAGUUUACAGCUGUGUGGUUGAUUGUAUAGGCUUGUUGUUUUCGUCGAGAAAUGGCAUGUCUAAUGACAAUUUGGACUUGUGGUUUUCAACUGCCGAGCCUGUUCUGAAGCUUACACAUAAAGUUCUUGCGGAGAGUAGCAAGGAUAGUCUAGCUGAUGAUGCAUUUGUCCUGCGGUUCUCUUGCUUGGUUCUUGAGCCGUUCUCCAAGUUCUUGAUGACUCAUCCAACUAAGAAGAACGGGUUUCGUGAUUUUCUGGACAAGCUUUUUGGGCCUUUCUUGGAUGUGUUUGGUUUAUUGAAUCUCAGCGAGGAGAAGAGUUCUGGUUUGGAAACAACUUUGUUGAAGUUGAUUGAAGAGAUCUUAUCUCUGGUUCUGUUUCAUCCCGCUCAUAUUGAUGGGUUUUUGAGCCUAGGUGGAGCGGAAAGGUAUUUACCAGAUUCAAAAGAGAACAAAACUGUUGUGCAAAGCUAUCAUCGGCAUUUCUUUUCCAAGUUUGAGAACAUGUUACUGAUGAAGAACGAGUUGGAGCUGAGCUGUGCAGGGUCAUUGUUCAGGCUGUUUAUCAACAGAGUUGUGAAACAACAGAGAGAUUCAAAUCAGUUGCAGGAAGGGAUAAUGACAAAGGCCUCAACUGCUGGGAGAGCAGAAGAAAGGACUUGGAAGCUGCAAGACACAGCUAGAAAUGAUAAUGAGUCUUCUGCACAGAGUCAUUCCUCAAGCUCCUUCCGCCUGGAGACACGGAAAUCACUGUUUGAUUUCUUCCUGCAUCUUAUGGAACCUAUACUGCUUGAGAUCGAUGGAUAUAUCAAAGCUGGCUCUGAAAUGGCUGAUUUAUGUUGUGUUAUUAAGUCUGCAAAUAGUUUGCUGUUCCACUUUGCUCGUGAGCGGAUUUAUGUGAAGACAGAGGAUGCAUCUGGUGGAGCUUGCUUUUGUUUCUUCAAGAAGAUCUUUACGACAGUCGUUUCAGCUGCUUCUCAGUUACAAAAUGAUUGUACAUAUGAUGAAGGGUCAGAGAUGCAUGCUUUAUUAGCCAAGGAGCUAGUAACUGCAAUAGGCUACUUGUUGCAAAUUGAAUACGAAGUUAUUGAGAAUGAUUUAGUUCCUCUGUGGCUAAUCAUUCUCUCUUUCCUGAGGUUUAGUAGUAUAGAAGAUGACUGCCCGUUGACUUCUUUGUUACUUGGUCUUGGAUGCCAGUUGAUAAAUUUAUAUGGUGACCUACGCCAGGUAAGUGUUGCUGUAUUUGCUCUGUGCAAAGCUGUAAGGCGUGUGAUACCUGCUGAUGGUGGUAAUGGGGAGAUGAUGGACACCGGAGAGGCUCCACGGUCUACUGUUUUUCUUUUGGAAAGAAGCGCCAAAUCAGUGGAAAAGCUCUUGUCAUCUCAAGCUUUAAGACUCGCUAUACAUAGAGCUAUUAAAGUUAUACCAGAAGGCCAAGCAGGUGGUUGUAUCAAGAGCAUGACUACAGAUGUAUCAGAGGCCAUGGAUUGGAUAAGAGUUAGUUGCUCAACAAGUGGUAAGGAACAAGAUGGACAGGUAGCAGCAUUCUUGGCCGCAGCGUUGUCUGAUAUUUAUUCACUUAUUCUCGACUCACUAACUGUUACAACCGGUAAUAGUAACCUUGUUGGCCGGUCCAUGAAUCAUCUGGUGGAUCUCAUCCGUCCUUGCUUAGCCCACUUGGUUUCGUCAGACUCAGAUUGCAUUGAAAAUUUCCUUUCUGCUGUCACCGGAAAGGAUUUAGACAUUGUGAUGGGUGAAAAGAAUACAGAGAGCUACAGAAAGUCUGUGCGCUUGUUUAUGGUGUUCUUCUUGCGAAUAUACACGUCUUCAAGAAGCUUAUAUAGGCAGGUGAUAAGUCUUAUGCCUCCGAAAAAAUCAAAAGAGAUGGCUGCUAUUAUGGGAGACUCGGUUGCAGCUCGUUGCGGAAGUGAUUGGGUAAAAGAGAAAAGUUGGAAUGAUGAAGGCUAUUUUUCAUGGAUCUGCCAGCCUUCAGCUUCUAUUCCUGACAUUAUUAAACACAUUUCUGCUAUUUAUCUCAAGGAUGACAGUGCAGAUUGCUCCUUGCUGAUCUAUGUAUUGUAUGGAGUCGCUCUUCAGAGACUUGUUGAUUUAAACAGGCACAUAAAGUCACUUGAUUAUGUGUCACAGAUAAGUGAUAAUCAAGCAUUUAUCGAGCAUGUAUCAGUUCUCAAGUGUGAAGGAAAAGAGCUUAGUGAUUUCCUUUUGGGCAACGACAUCAUACCAAAUUUAGCUGAUGUUGGAACUUUUGAAACGAUAGAUAACACUGAUCAGGGGGUUCUCAAGGUUUCGGGCAUCAAUAGGAAGUGUUUGCCUGCUGUGCGUUUGUGGGUUCUUAGCCAGCAUAUUGACAUUUGGUGCCCCCAUUCAGAGAAAAAGAACUUGAAGAAUUUCCUGUCUCAGAUAAUAGGUAGUUCCGUUACUCAUAUUUUGAACGGAGUGGAUAUGUCUACUCUUGGCUUGGAGAAUAAUGUAGACAAGGGCACUCAAAAGAAGAACACAGGGUUGGAACAGUUCUCGUUAGAACUUCUUUGCGAUUCAGUAUUGUAUGAGCAUGAAUUUGUUCGCAGAUAUAUGGCGCCGAGUUUUUCUCACGUACUGACAACGACAGCAGAAUCUUUUUUCAAGGAUUUUACUGAGGAAGUAAACUUUGAUACACCGCCAGAUUGGUCAGAGGUGUUAACCUUGCUUGAAAGUUCAGUUGCCAACUUAUCUGGUAAGCUUCAGUCAGAAGCCUUUGUAGAGGCUCAUGUGCUACAGCUGGACAAUCGGAAGUUCAGAGCUUGUCAAAAUUUGCUAAAUCUCUUAUGUGGUAUGCCUAAGGAGUAUAUGAAUAAGAAGUCAUUCCAACUUUAUGCACGUAAUGUUCUCGACCUUGAGAGGUUUGUAGUUUUUAGCAUGCUGAGAUGUUUGAACAAGCUGUCUCCGGGUGAUAUGCAAAAGCUUUUUAGUCUGUUCAUCACUUGCAGAAAAACUUUGAAAAGUAUUGCUAUGAAUUCUUGUGACAAGGUGCUAGGAGCUACCACGUUGCCUUUAUCUGAUAAUUCGCUGUUGGCUUCUUGGCUUUUCAAAUCAGCACAAGCUGCUGUCACUUGUCAAGAGAGAUUUAGGAAUGGUUUUACAAGAAAAUCAAGGGACGCCCUCUUUUCUUUGUUGGAUCACACAUCAUAUAUGUUUCUAACCGUAAGUAAAUAUCAACUCAGCAAGGCGCUACCGCUGUUUGACGAGCAACACAUUUCAUCAGAACUUUCUGAGGGAAGUGGACAAGCGAACCUUAUGUUUGAGAGCUUGACAGAACAGGCAGAAACUCUACUAAAUGCUUUGAAGGAUACCUUCAGAGAUGAGAAAACAGUGUUUGAACGUGAGACUCUGGUACUGACAAAGUUAGCACCAAUAUUUUCUUGUUUUAGUGGGUUGUUGUGGGGAUUAGCAUCUGCAGUGAGUCACAGAGAUACGCAGAAGAAUCAUCAGAACACAAAACUGAGAUGGAAAUCAGAACAAUUCUCGAAGCUCUGCCGCAUUAUCCAUGUGCUUGGCAAUUUUCUUGAGGUUUUCGCACAGUGUCUGUUUCUCAGUGGUGAUGUGCAGAGGGAAGUCCAAAGCAAUAUCAAAUGGACUAGAUUGCUUGAUGGGACUGAGGGUUCAAAUGGUCUUUUGUGCGGUGACGUAGUAGAGACUAGCAAUGUGAAAAGGAAAAUUAUUGAGAGCUUCAUAGAGGGUGGUUCUUCAGAAGUAGUUUUGGCACUCAGGCAUCUGUUAAUUGCUUCUGCUGCUAUCUUAAGGCUAAAUCUGCAAAUUGAUGGCAUUACCCUCUCAGCUACAUUUGUCUCUGUUCUCACAGGAAUUUCAAGUGAUCUACUAUCUGUGCUAGCAGACAUGAGCGAGGCACCGGUUGAAUUCUCAUUUAUUUGGUUGGAUGGUGCGGUGAAAGUUCUAGAAGAAUUAGGGACCCACUUCUCCUUAUCUGACCCUACACUAAACAGAGAUCUGUACUCAAAGUUGAUUGAGUUGCACCUCAAGGUGAUUGGGAAAUGCAUAUCACUACAAGGAAAAGAGGCUACUUUGGAAUCUCACGAGACAGGAUUUGGUGCUAAUGUAAUCCAUGAUAAGCAAGUGCCAGCAGAAAAUAGCCGGUCUCAUGGAUUGCAUUGGUUGGACGAAUUAAAAGGGAGGCUUAGGAUGUCAUUUAAAGUGUUUAUACAGAAUUCCUCAGAGUUACACUUAUUGUCAGCGAUACAAGCUAUAGAAAGAGCACUUGUUGGAGUAUGGGAAGUGUGCCCAGCUAUCUAUAGCAUACAGACUGGAAACAGAGAUGGGGGCAGAAUCUCGGAAACUGCUGCUGCUGGUAUUGACUGUCUGGAUCUGAUUCUGGAGCAUGCCACAGGUCGCAAACGUUUGAAUGUGGUUAAAAGGCACAUUCAAGGCUUUAUGUCUGCAUUGUUCGGCAUCAUGGCUCACAUGCAGAGUCCAUUUGUUUUCAGCACAAAUGCAGUUGUUGGCAACCACGGUCCCAGUUUUCCAGAUGCUGGAUCAGUCAUUCUUAUGUGUGUCGAAGUCUUGAUAAGAAUAGCAGGGAAACACGCAUUGUUUCAGAUGGAUACAUCGCACUUAAGCCAGUCCAUACACAUACCCGGAGCAAUUUUUCGUGAUUACCUUCAGAUUACAAGGGUGGGGUUCUCGGUUCUCGAUGGAACUUUGUUACAUAAGGAUGGUCAGCAACAAGAUCUGAUAGGAAGCUCUAAAGAUCUUAAAGUAGACCAGAAAUUCUCAAUGAGUCUGUAUGCUGCUUGCUGCCGACUAUUAUAUACAGCUGUUAAGCAUCAUAAGAAUGAAACUGAGGGGUCAAUUGCUACACUGCAAGAAUCUGUUUCUGCGCUUCUUCAUUGUCUGGAGACAGCAGGAAAUAAAUUGGGUAAAUGUGUUUCAUUGGAAGUGGAAGAGGGAAUUAGAUGUGCGAGUUUCCUCCGGAGGAUCUAUGAAGAGCUAAGGCAGCAGAAGGAGGUCUUUGGACAGCAUUGUUACAAGUUCUUGUCAGCGUACAUAUGGGUUUCUUCCGGAUUUGGUCCACAUAAAACGGGCAUCAAAAGGGAGGUAGAUGAAGCUUUAAGGCCUGGUGUGUAUGCUCUUAUAGAUUCUUGCGCACCUAAUGAUCUUCAAUAUCUCCAUUCAGUAUUUGGUGAGGGUCCUUGUAGAAACUCUCUAGCAACUCUGCAACAAGACUACAAGUUGAAUUUCAAGUACGGAGGAAAAGUCUAG